UCACUAUCCAAACCUACCUAUUCUUGGAUAUUUGUUGAAGAUUUUCUUUUGUAAAAUUCAAGUUCAGUAAUUCAUUUAGUUUUGCUUUGCCAAAAUCUUCUUCAGGCAAUUUGAAAAUUUUUCCUAUUAUGACAAUAGCGACAUUGCUCUUAGCGCCAAAUAUCUAAGACUCACAUUGCUUAUACUUGGUGACAUCAUUUUAAAAAGAAGUCAUGAUGGUUGAUUCAGCGAAUAGUGCAAGGUUGAGGCUUCUGCGAUUAUCAGAGGCAGCUGAGAAGCUUCGACGACAGGCAGCUAUUAGUUUGCAAACUGGGAAGGAAAAUGAUGCAAGGGAAGCACUCUUUCAGAAAAAGAAGGUCAUGCUAGCCUUGGAGAAGUCAAAGAGCCGCAUUGAAUUGCUUGAUGAGCUUUCCACAAAGCUUAAUGAGGCAAUAUCUCUGAAAGAAAAUAAUCUGGUUAGAAGUGUUGCUGUGGAUCUUGACAAUGUUGAAGAAACUUCAUCCAAUCUUGUUCGGAUUAUAUCACUAAAGCAGGAAAAUACAGAUCUAAAUGAGAUCAAAGAAUUUGAACAUAGUGCUCUGGAGUUUGGUGGUAGAAAAGAUUUGCAGCUCUCCUCACAGAGUCAAGAAAUCCUACCAGUCGAUAACGAUCCAGAGGAUCUUCAAGCUUCUUCGAGUGUGGGCAUUUGGAAAGAUGACAUCAUGGCUGGAUUGAGUGGAGUAUCCUCUUAUAAGGAUUUCUUGGAACAUCUGGAUCAAGAGCUUGGCAGUAUUGAAGCAGAACUUCUGACCAUUUUGAGGGUCUCAACAUUGGUGCUAGAUGACAACGAUACAACAAAAAACUUCAAGGUGCAGCAAACACGGGAACUUCUUCAGGACAUCCGUGGCAUCAGAAAGAGAAUUGGAUGUAUCAAAUUGACAAAGGUCGAAACCGCAUGAUAUUUUCAUUUCGCUGUACUCAGUUUUCUGCAAGCAGUUGAGUAUCAACUUAAUGUACGAGAAAGUAGCAUUUCCAGAUAGAAGUAUGGCGUGGAAGAUGGUGUCAUUAUUUAUUUAUUUAUUUAUUUAUUUUAUGUGGGUGAAGUGUGAAAGAAACGGAUGGACACUUGAGGAUGUUGACUCUCAAAAUUUCCUGAAGCUUCUGUUCGUUAGACCUCUUUCCCACUGGAUGUAACGGAUAAUACCUCCAUCUUGUAUCUUGGUAUGCUUUGGAUUCGUUAUCAUUCAAUUUUGUAGAAGGGUGUGCUUCUGGCUUUUGACUA